AUGCGUGGAUUUCUGCCUGCUGGCCUACUGGCCUUCGCCUCUGUUGCAGCAGCAUCAUGCGGUCCUACAGUCUACUUCAUUCGACACGGCGAGAAGCCUGAUGAUGGAGGAAAUGGUUUAAAUGCAGUAGGAUUGGAACGUGCAAAAUGCAUCCGCGAAGUUUUCGGCAAGAAAUCUGAGUACAAUAUCGGCCACAUUAUGGCACAAACACCCAAGAGCAAUGGGAAACGCGCCCGUCCCCGCGACACUGUUAAGCCGCUGGCUGAGGACCUUGGGCUCGAGGUUGAUACUGAUUGCGAUCGGGAUGAUCCGGAGUGCGUUAAGAAGUUCAUCGAGAACUACGAUGGAGAAGGCAAUAUCCUGAUUUGCUGGGAGCACGAUACAAUCACUGAUAUUCUGGAGACACUGGGUGUCGAGGAUGCACCACAUUAUCCAGACGAUAGCUUCGACCUUAUUUGGACCGUCCCAUCCCCCUGGGACCAAAUAACCGACGAGACCAGCGAGCAUUGCCCCGGUCUGGAUGAUUAA